UAAUUAUUAAUUCAUAUUUAUUAAUAUUAUAACUUUAAUGAUAACUUUAAAUUAUUAAAUAGUGACAUCUGCCAGUUCAGGUUCUUACUAAUUUCUGCAACCACAUAGUGGAUUCACUGAAAGUAUGGAAGCACUCACUAAGUCAGUCUCUGAUUUAAGCAAGACCAUGUAUGCUCGAAUGACUGCAUUUGAGGAGGAGCAGAGAAAAAACCCAAGCACACUCGAUACCACCCAAGGUUUAAGCCUAGAGUUUGUUGCUUUUCGAUCAUUUGUUGUGCAGUCACUCACUAUGCUUCAACAGCAGGUCAAUUUCCUGGUUCAAAGCAAUGAUACCAGUGAAAUGCGCAGAAGGCGCAAAAUAUUGCUCUUGCAUGGGGUACCCGAAGCUAAAGAAGAGGUAACAGCAAAGGUGGUGGUCCAGGUAGCUAAAGAGCAUCUGAAGCUUGAUUUGAAGUUGCCAGAUAUUAAGCGGUGCCACAGGAUGGGACGUGCAAUGCAGAAGCCCAGACCAAUCAUUUUCAAGCUCCAUGAUGUGACUCUUCGGGAUAGCAUCUGGUUCGGUAAGGCUGGGUUAAAGGGUUCCGGUUUAACAAUUUCGGAAUUCUUGACCAAAUCCCGACAUAAUGUUUUUAUGGCCGCUCGGGAUAAAUUCGGCGUGAACCAGUGUUGGACUAAGGAAGGAGAUAUUUAUAUCCUUGAUAGGCAGGGAUCUCGGCAUCGAGUAUCUUCCUUGGAUGAUCUCGAUAAGAUUGGCCUCCCGUCUGACGCCGCGCGAAGUGCAUCUGGUCAUCCUGAGCAGAGGAUUGCGCAGCCUGGAAGUGCAGCGGGAGCCAAGGAGAUAGCACCGAAGCCAAAGAUGUCGAAGCGUGUUACGCGGAAAUAAUUAAGUGCUUUCGGUGUUAAUAAUUUAGCAUCUUGUCGAAUUGUUGUAGUUAUUUCACUACUGGUGGUCCAGGUAAGUAGAUAAUUUUAUUUUGAAAUUGUUCAACCGUAGUCUAAUUUCACCGUCACUUUGUUUUUAUUGCAAUCACAGGUAAAUUGAGGUAUUUAUUAGUGGAUUUUUACGAUCGUAUCAUUCACUCAAAAUCAUAACAAAUCAACAAUUGUGUCAGCUGUCAACUUGUCAAGUUGUUUAUGUCAAUGUCAACAUGCUGUCAACCAGCUUAUUGAUGUGAAUGAUACGUUUCGUUACACGUUGUGCUCUGUUGUUGUUUUAAUGUUUUGUUCUUGUUUUAUUCCUUUUAUUUAGAUUACAUUAUUUUAUUUUUUACCUGGACUACCAUACAAUUUAA